AUGUCGGUCUCGGCCGUCGCCUCGCUGAGGCCCCUUCGUGGGAGAUGCCUGCAGCAUGCGACUUCGGGUCUACUCUCCGUCCACCUCCGGUCGCGCUCCGUCAACCUCAGCUUCCGCGCCGUCAUCCCGCUCCGGCCGGACCAGCGCCGAUUCCAGACCACCGGCCCGAAGGCCAAUGCGUCCGCCGAUGGCUCUGACAAGGAGCUCGAGGCCAAGAGGAACCAGCUGCCCAAGAAGAGCCAGCCGCCUCAGCCUCAGAUCACCUUUCGCCAAUUCGCCGGCCGUGCCCUCGGUGCUGGUCUGCGCAGUCUAGUCGUGGCCAUGAGCCCGACAGGUAUCAAGACAGCAUUUCGCCAGAGUCCCGGAGCUACAACGCUGGGAUUGUUCAUACUCGGCGUCGUCUCCGUCAUCGCCGGCUAUACUGUCUACCUCUACUUCACCUACUUCUACCACUACCAAUUCACGAGAUACCCCAAGCCCAUCGCCAACUCCCUGCGACGCGCCCUGUACUAUACCAACAUUAGCCCCGAUGCCGAGCUCGCUCUCAAAUACUACAAGCGCGCCAUGGAGCAGUGCGCCGAGCAUGGCCUGGAUCCCUUCUCCGACGAGGUUCUCGGCAUUCGUCUGCAGACUGCCCACUGGCUCCAGCUGAUUACAAACUAUACCGGAUCUCUGCAGGUCUUGGAGGGCGUUUUGGCCGACUGCAACAAGUGGAUUAGUGUAAUGGAGCACUCUGUCAAGGAUGGCCGAGUCAGCGAUGAGGGCAGACUUCUCAAGGCACCAUCGGAGACCGCUGAUGCCGCUGAGACCGCUGUCGCCGCCGAUGAUGCUACCCCUGGUACUGAAUCAGAGAACAAGGACGAAGACUUUGUGCCGGAGAGCCUCUGGCAUAAGCGUCAACGACUGCUCACCAAGACUGUUGGAAUCGCCAUCAAGCUCGGAGAGCUUUACGCUGACGAACAUGUCCUCGAACCCGACAACUCGCAAAAGCACCUCAUCUGGGCCGUCGAGACCGCCCUCAAGGAGUACCGUCGCCGCAAGGACGACGGCGUAAAGCCUGGUGAGGGUGACUGGCUCAACCCGGAGCAGAUGGGCGGCGCCAUGGAGUCUCUGGGCCGCGACUACGAGCGCAAGUCCCAGUUCCACCUCGCCAUCCCCCUCUUCUUCCAGGCCCUCCGCCUCUGCGAGGUCCCCUGCCACCGCGCUGUCAUCAUGAACAACCUCGCCGCCAGCUUCGCCCAGCACCCUAUCUUCGUCCCCGUCAGCGCCGGCGAGACGUCGGAUGUGAUCAAGGAGCUGCACGACCCGGCCAUGCCUGCCACGAGGAAGGAGUGCCUUGAGGCCGCUCAGAACUGGGCCAAGAAUGCCUACGUCCAUGCCAAGGAUGUGACGGGCAGUGAACGCACACCCGAGUGUGAUGAGGCCUGUGCCGUCGCCCUCUGCAACUGGGGCGACGUUGCUGCUAUGCUGGGCAACGGUGAGCUGGCUCGCAAGAAGUACAACCAGUGUAUUGACAUGGCGACCAAGCUUGACUUUCCUCAAGCCGCCAAGCAGGCUCGUUCUGGGCUGGCCAAGCUGACCUCAAAAUAA